GAGCAACACUAGAAACUCAUGUGGUCACCAGUGCUCCAGACAAUAUUUAAACAGAAUGGCCAAAAUAUUACAGAAAUACAUAAAGUUUUCCACUUCAGAGCUGGAAGAGUAUGCCGCCAACCCGGAAUCGUGCGUGCGUUGUGUUAAAACCGACCUGCAUUUGGGCAUGGGUGCAUACGGCAUGGCUAACUUCAAACAUGCGCUGCACGAGCUGCUCGUCCGCACCAAGGUGGGCAUAUAUGAUGCCAAUGUGAACGGAAUUGUGCUGGGCAUCAAGAACAUCAAGGUGCUAGGUCAAACGGCAGCGUUACGCGCCGAUGAUCCCAUCAUGCACUUGCUUAUUAAUGCCGACUUCUAUGUGUUCAGGCCAGUGGCGGGUGCGGUGCUCCAUGGCGUUGUCCGGCACAUAUCCAAGCAUCAAAUCAGUGUCAUCAUCUACAGAGUGUUCAACACAACCAUUCGAUUUACGAAUAAGAAGCAAAGCAAAGAGGGCAUUGUCAUGGAUCAGGAAAUCAAGUUUCGAAUCAAGGACUUUAACAUAGCUAAUGUCAUGCCCUUCAUUGAGGGCGAGCUGUUGCUGGAGGAGACUGAUCCUUUGAACAAAACCAUCAAAUUUGAAGAGGACGCGGAAACCGAGCAUACGGAAACCCACGUGGAGCUAGAUGCUCUGGUAGAACUAAUCAAAAUGGAGCCCAGCAUAGAAGACGAUACGCCGGCGCCAAAGAAAAAGGCCCAAAAGCGUAAGCAGACUGCAGAAACUGACAAAGUUGUGGAAAAAUUGAAAAAAAUCAAAAAAAUAAAAUCAGAGCCCGUGUAGACCUAAAA